CGCGGACUGACGUUGGAUAGGGCACAAGUAUCCUGAUGCUGUAUUAGACUUAGCUUCCAGACUCCGUGCGUGCGUUGUAAUCCCUACCUACCUACUCGUCUACUCGUACAGUACCGUAAAGCUGGGGCUCGAUACUGUACUCGUACUGUAGGAGAUUUUUAAUUUCAGCUGCACGAUCUCAGGCCCUUAAACUCAACCACCACCACCACCACCACCACCUGAACUCUCCACCUGCACAACUCACAACCCACCAUUCCUCAACAUCCUCUCCUCUUCUGCAAUCAAGCACAAUUCUCAUGUUAGCAUUACUUCGUCCGCAGCCCUUUUCCGGAUGAAUUCCUCUUCAAACCCCGCUGGGAUGCACUCGAGCACCGAAGCAUUUCCCCUACUUUCCACUUCCUCCAGCAGCGGCUCCGACAAACUCGCUCCGCUGGGAGGCCCUCAAAUUGAAAAACCACGUAUAAGAAGACGCUCGAGUGGUCUGGGAGGAGAAAUCAGAGGGGACACCAGCGUUCCUGCGCUGGCAACCUUGGAUGCGAGACCGCCGUCUCCGGGGACCUUGAAGGUUAGUAGAUCUGAGGCCAUUCCCGAGUCUUACCGUCAUGCCAAAACCCAUGCUAAUGGACCACGUAGGCGCAAACGGAGAGGGAUCGAAGGAAGCCCUUUUCCAAACGACGGAAAGCCAAAAGUUUUUUGAGACAAUGGAAACGGUAUGCGCUGAAACAUACUUGGGUUACUCCCUUGGUCUUGAUAGGCGUUUUCCUAGUCCUGUUCGCCAUUAACCCCACCGAAUCGAAUCCUAUACAUCAUUUUCUAUUCCUUUCCUACCGUAUCACUCCGGCCCCUGGGACGCCGGCCGGAACUCCAGAUCAAUAUGGGAAGGGGUGGUGGGAUGUGGCUUUUGUGUCCUUUUACAUCAUCGUUCUCUCGUUUACUCGCGAAUUCAUCAUGCAGAGAUUUCUACGUCCCCUGGCGAAAAAGAGCGGCCUGAAGAGUCGAGCGAAGCAAAGCAGAUUCAUGGAACAAAUGUACACGGCUAUUUACUUUGGUGUUUUGGGACCCGUGGGACUUUUUGUCAUGAGCCGGACGCCGGUGUGGUAUUUCAAUACGAGGGGGAUGUAUGAGGGGUUCCCGCAUAAGACUCAUGAGGCUUAUUUCAAGUUUUAUUACCUCUUCCAAGCGGCGUAUUGGGCGCAACAGUUUAUUGUGUUGAGUUUGGGAAUGGAGAAGCCGAGAAAGGACUACAAUGAGCUGGUAGGACAUCACAUUACGACAUUGUUUUUGAUUGCGUUGAGUUACCGGUUUCAUUUUACCUACAUGGGGUUGGCGGUUUACAUCACUCACGAUAUUAGUGAUUUUUUUCUUGCUGUCAGUCACUCCCCUCUUGAUUACACACAAUGACCUCAAAAGACAUUAUGAGCUUACUAAUUUGUCUUCUAGACCUCAAAAACCCUCAACUACCUAGACCACCCUCUCGUGGGACCCUACUUUGCAUUUUUCAUCAUCGUCUGGAUUUACCUCCGUCACUACCUGAACCUCAAAAUCCUCUGGUCGGAAUUUAACGAGUUCAAGACCGUCGGGCCGUAUGAAAUGGAUUGGGCGGCGGGCCAGUACAAAUGUUGGAUCUCACAUUGGAUAUCAACCUUUCUCCUUACCGCACUACAGGGACUGAAUCUGUUCUGGCUAUACUAUAUCUUCCGAAUUGCGUAUCGCUUCCUUUUCGUGGAUGUUGCGCUGGAGGAUGAUCGCAGUGAGAACGACGAGGAGGAGUUUGCUGCCGAGGCAAGGGAGGAUGAGGAGCGACGGAGGAGGAGUGAGGAACGAGAGAAGCUGGAGGGAAAGAGUAAUGGCAAGGCGGUGUUGGAGCAUGGGAAUGGGAAGAGUAGUGGGCUGGAGGAGAAAUUGAAUGAGAUUACGAAUCGGAAGGUUAAUGGGAAGGCUGUUUGAGGGGAGGGGUUUGGUAUAAGUUUGUGGGGGGGUUCUUUUUUUUGUUUGUGUAUGAACAAGUUGAUGUGGAUGUGGGAUGGGUAUUCCUUGUGUGUACCUAUGGAGUGGGAGAAUUGAAGUUCCUACGUAUACUACUACCCUAUCGACUUCCUCUCUGUGGGAAAGAGACAGAAUUCACGCAAAAGAAAAGAAAAGAAAAUUGAAAGAGAAAGAAUAAGAAAGAAGAGAUUGCCGAGCGAGGGGGGAAAGACGCAUGGACAACCAGGUACCACGGAAAUUCCAAGCCAGCCAGCCGAAAUUGCAAAACGUCCAGUUGAUCAGAGAUACGAUACACUGUCGUUCAGUGACAUGGUAAGGGAAGGAGGGAGCAGCACUUGGGUGUGGUGUGAGGGAAAAUGGAUAGGAGGGGAUCUCGGUUGAGAGGGGAUGAUUGAUUUGGGGGGGUGAUAGAGGGAUGGUGUGGGAGGAGGGAAGCUAACUCCUGGGAUUUUUACCGGGGUGUGGAGAUGUGGAUGAGUAGUUAUGGAUGGAUGGAUGGAUGGAGCAGUUGUCAUUAUCACGGGGAAUCACCUACCUACCUACAUACCUUUCGCUUCUUCUUCUUCUUCUUCUUCUUGUUGUUGUUGUUGUUGUUCUUCUUCUUCUUCUUCUUGUUGUUGUUGUUGUUGUUGUUGUUGU